CUGCUACUUGAUAGCUCGCUUGCUCACGGUAGUUACAGCGAUGACUACAGUCCCUCCACGUUUCGCCAAGGUGGCUAUUCAGUCGCACACUCUGGAGCAUGCGAGAGCGAGGACGAUCUCAGCUUACAGGACAUGGUUGAGAUCAGCCCCAGAGAUAUGCCAAAUCUACUCUCUCAACGUUCCUCCUUCCAUGGUUCGUCUGAAGAUCAGACAGGAUUUCGAACGGAAUAGACAUGUCGAGAACCUCGGAGUCAUCAACAUGCUGUUGCACAAGAAUCAGCAAGAGUAUCAGGAGACGAUGAACCAGUGGAAGCAGGAGCCCCAUGUUGAACACUGGUUCAAACACUAUGAAGACCCGCCUCAACCAGUCGCAUUCCUGGACAAGUUCUACGCUGGCAGAGAUGACCCUUCUUUGAUCGAGGCUUCUCAGCGUACGACCGCAUGAUGGGGGAUGGAGCAGGUCAAGCAGGAGAAGUUGAGGCAGUAGGAAGCACUCGUAUCCUGCCAAUACAGUGUAAGAGGAUCCAGAAGCGAUAAGCACAAAUACAACCGAUGCGAUAUCUAGCGAU